AUGGCGAGAAUGCCUGGCAGCGGGGACUGUAACACCAGCGCGGGCGGCAGCAGCGCCGCGGCCGCCGCGGCCGCCGCCGAGAACAAUGGGGAGCGGGGCGAGGGCGAGCGCGGCGCGGGGCCCCGGGGCCGCCGGCACGGGCGGCCGCACUACUGCAGCGCGGGCGAGGAGGAGGAGGAAGAGGAGGAGGAGGAGGACGAGAUCCAGGAGGUGCAGAUAACGGGGGACGAGGAGGAGGAGGACGGAGGCGGGGGGCUGGAGGAGGACGAGGAGGAGAUGGGGCUGGACUGGGACGAGCCCCUGGAGCCCGAGGACUCGGCCGGGGAGGAGCUGGAGCCCGAGCCGGUCCGUAGGAUCCAUAUGGACCAGGGCGCCGCGCUGGAGCCCGAGGCGCCGCCGCGACUGCUUGCGCCCCGGGCGCGCGGCGGGCCGCCCGGCGACGGCGCAGAGCUGGACUCCGACGGGCUGCAGCGCCCCGAGCGGGCCCGGCUGAGCGAGAACACCCGGCUGGCCACCCGCUAUGCCGUGCGCAUCUUCCGGGAGUACCUGAGCGAGAAGGCGCAGAGCCCGGACUUCGAGACCAUGGACAAGGGGGCGCUGUGCCGCGUGCUGCGCUCCUUCUACGCCGAGGCCCGCUCCAAGAGCGGCCAGCUGUACAGCAAGUCGUCGCUCAUCAGCAUCCGCAGCUCGCUCAACCGCUACCUCAAUGAGCCCCCGUACUGCCGCACGCUCGACCUCACGAAGGACCCCGAGCUGCGCAGCGCCAACCUGACGCUGGCUGCGGUCAUCCGCAAGCUGGAAGAGCAGGGCGCUGGGCCGGUGGUGCAGAAGCAAGCCAUCACGCGCGCCGACCUGCGCAAGCUCUACACCUCCAGCGUCUUCAGUACCAACACACCCUUCGGGCUGCUCAACAAGGUCUGGUUCGAGACGUGCAUGUACUUCUGCACGCGCGGCCGCGAGAACCAGCGCGAGCUAGAGGAGGACUCCUUUGGGCUGGCCAUGGACGAGGACGGGCGCAAGUUCGUCUACUUCAAGUCCCUCGGGCCCUACCACAAGUCGCGCUCGUCGUCCUGGAGCAAGAAGCGCGCGGAGAGCAGCGACGAAGAGAACCUGCCUCGCAUGUACGAGACGGGCACCGAGUUCUGCCCCUACGCCAGCUUCGUGAAGUACCUGUCCAAGCGCAAUCCCCUCUGCAAGGCGUUCUUCCAGCGGCCCCGGGACCACUGCAGCGAGGGCGAUGUGACCUGGUACGAGAACAAAGCCAUCGGCAAGAACUUGCUGGGCACCAGGAUGCAGAUGCUGUCCAAGGCGGCCAAGCUGUCCAAGACCUACACCAACCACUGCAUCGGCGCCGUCUCCAUCGCCACGCUCAACAGCAUCGCAGGCAUCGGCACCAAGCUGGGCUCGCCCACCCCGCAGGGCUGCUACGCAGAAGCUAUGAACGGGGCGGCCCGCCACCCCUCCCACCACCCCCACACCCAUCCCUCCCGCCACCACCGCCCCCAGCCGCCCUCGCUGGGGAACACAUACAUACUCCCCAAAGACAGCCAGGUCGGGCCCGACGUGAAAUCCGAGGCUGCGCCCAAGCGCGCCCUGUACGAGUCAGUGUUCGGGUCCCGGGAAAUCUGCGGUCCCUCUUCCCCCAAAAGACUUUGUAUUCGCCCCUCGGAGCCUGUGGAUGCGGUGGUGGUGGUUUCCGUGAAACACGACCCCCUGCCUCUCCUUCCAGAAGCCAAUGGGCACCGAAGCACCCAUUCUCCCACCAUAGUUUCACCUGCUAUUGUUUCCCCUGCCCAGGACAGUCGGCCCAAUAUGUCAAGACCCCUGCUCACCAGGUCCCCCGCAUCUCCACUGAACAACCAAGGCAUCCCUACUCCAGCACAGCUCACCAAGUCCAAUGCACCCGUCCACAUCGACGUGGGCGGCCACAUGUACACCAGCAGCCUGGCUACCCUCACCAAAUACCCCGAGUCCAGAAUUGGAAGACUUUUUGAUGGUACAGAGCCUAUUGUUUUGGACAGCCUCAAACAGCACUACUUCAUUGACAGAGAUGGACAGAUGUUCAGAUAUAUCUUGAAUUUUCUACGAACAUCAAAACUCCUCAUUCCUGAUGAUUUCAAGGACUACACUUUGUUAUAUGAAGAGGCAAAGUAUUUUCAACUUCAGCCAAUGUUGUUGGAGAUGGAAAGAUGGAAGCAGGACAGAGAAAUGGGUCGCUUUUCACGGCCCUGCGAGUGCCUCGUGGUGCGCGUGGCCCCGGACCUCGGCGAGCGGAUCACGCUCAGCGGGGACAAGUCCUUGAUAGAAGAAGUGUUCCCUGAGGUCGGUGAUGUGAUGUGCAACUCCGUCAAUGCAGGCUGGAAUCACGACUCCACGCAUGUCAUCAGGUUCCCCCUGAAUGGCUACUGUCACCUCAACUCCGUCCAGGUCCUUGAGAGGCUGCAGCAAAGAGGGUUUGAAAUCGUGGGCUCGUGUGGGGGAGGAGUAGACUCAUCCCAGUUCAGCGAAUACGUCCUCCGGCGGGAACUGAGACGGACGCCCCGCGGACCCUCCGUCAUCCGGAUAAAGCAAGAGCCUCUGGACUAAACAGACACGUUUCUUAUGCAAAUAAGGAAAACACAGACAACAAAUAACGUGAUCAGAAAGGGGACAUUUAUGAGAAGUCGGGACAGCAAACCAAGUUCUGGACCUAACAUUGAACAAAAGACACAUUUAUAUCCAAUAGA